UUUUAUGAAUAAAUCGCCAACGAACGAGUCCUCACUCACAUGCCGCCUACUCCUCUCCAGCUGUGCUCCUCGGCGAUGGAAACCGCUGUCCAUAAACUUCCUUCUUUCAAAAUCCUAAACGCUAGAUGCUCCACCGCUCGGGGCUCCGCGUCUUUCCGGGUCCAGCUCCGCAGGUCUUCCUCUUCCCUUUCCGUAUCGGCUUCGGCAGUCCGAGAAGGCGACCCGGCUCUCGGGUCCGUUUCUCUCGGCCACAUUACCCGACCCGAUUUCCCCAUCCUCCACCAGGAAGUGAAUGGCUCAAAACUUGUCUACUUGGACAAUGCUGCAACUUCUCAGAAGCCGACUUAUGUGUUGAAGGCUUUACAAAAUUAUUAUGAAGCUUACAAUUCUAAUGUGCACCGUGGGAUUCAUUUCUUAAGUGCAAAGGCGACGGAUGAGUAUGAGUUGGCAAGAAAGAAGGUGGCAGCUUUUAUCAAUGCAUCGGAGUCUAGAGAGAUUGUUUUCACGAAGAACGCUACUGAGGCCAUCAAUCUGGUAGCUUAUUCCUGGGGCCUGUCAAAUUUAAAACCUGAAGAUGAGGUAAUACUUACAAUUGCUGAGCACCACAGCAACAUUGUUCCUUGGCAACUUGUGGCUCAAAAGACUGGUGCUAUUUUGAAAUUUGUUACUUUAAAUGAAAAUGAAGCUGCAGAUAUAGGCAACCUAAAGCAAAUGCUUUCAAGGAAGACAAAAAUUGUAGCUGUUCAUCAUGUUUCAAACGUGCUAGCUUCCGUGCUUCCUAUUGAAGAGAUCGUGCAUUGGGCGCAUGAUGUUGGGGCAAAAGUGCUCUUGGAUGCCUGUCAGAGUGUUCCACACAUGGUUGUCAAUGUACAGAGCCUUGAUGUUGAUUUUCUUGUUGCAUCUUCUCACAAGAUGUGUGGGCCUACAGGCAUUGGAUUCUUAUAUGGUAAGAGUGAGCUAUUGUCUGCCAUGCCUCCAUUUCUAGGUGGUGGAGAAAUGAUCUCUGACGUAUAUCUGGAUUAUUCCACUUAUGCUGAACCUCCAUCUAGAUUUGAGGCUGGAACACCUGCAAUCGGCGAAGCAAUUGGGUUAGGAGCAGCAAUUGAUUAUUUAUCUGGAUUUGGCAUGCAAAAGAUACAUGAUUAUGAGUUGGAACUGGCUAACUAUCUGCAUGAAAGCCUUCGUGCUGUCCCCAAUAUUCGCAUCUAUGGCCCAGUACCUUCAGGAAAUAUCAACCGUGCUGCCCUUUGCUCUUUCAAUGUCGAGAACAUUCACCCUACAGAUAUUGCAACAUUUCUUGACCAACAGCAUGGAGUGGCUAUCAGAUCAGGUCACCAUUGUGCCCAACCCCUUCAUCGCUGUUUAGGAGUCAGUGCAAGUGCACGUGCUAGCCUCUACUUCUAUAACACUAAAGAGGAUGUUGACAGUUUAGUCUGGGCACUCAAAGACACGGUCAGCUUCUUCAAUUCUUAUAAGUAGAGUUAAUUGUUCUCUUCAGACCUACCUCUUGUGUCAAAUGUCCUGCUUCCACAUGACUAAGUUUUUUGUCUUAUAUUUUUUUCACUUUCUACAGUUUUGUUAUAUGAGUGCUCUUUUGGGUUAUGUUUCUCCUUUAAUUAGUAUCCUUUGCUGUAGACCAUUAUGGGAAGAGGGAAAAUGCGUAAGAUACUGAUUAACCUAUCUCACACAGUUCUAUUCUUUAUAUUUGUGGGAUAAUUGGCCUUUUGAAAUAGUUUAUUGAAAUUGAUUAGGGACCAUUUAGAAAUGAA